AAUCAUUUUUUGUUGCUAUCAAAAACGACAUUCACUAUCGACCGAGCAUGAAACCGAUACUGAGGCUGUCCAUUCGAAGAGACCGAGAUUAGCGAGUGAUGCGUUCUGAUAUUUCUUGACAUUCUAGCAGCGGCGUGAGUAGGAAAUGCCGCUGCAACCCAGGCCUGUGUGAUGAAUGAAAACAGCGUAUGAAUGAAAAGCAAGAUACAAUUGUUUAGUUUGUUUGCGGUUUCUUCAUGGGUUACCACAAAAAAAAUGUGUUUGUGUUUAGUUGUUUUUCUUUUUGCAAAACUGUAAUGGCAGCAUAGGAUGAUGGAGACGCGACACACUUUCGAUAGACAGUCAGUCACUAUUUGAUGACAUCAGGGGACACGUUGAUGUGCAGUCUGUCCCAUGAGUGAGCCACCAUGACUGCCCUUAGGCAGAGGAAGGGCAGCAAAGGAAGUAAGGAGCCUGGUCCAGAGGUCCUGAACCAGAGGUUCUACCCUUCAGCAGAGCCUCUAGAGAGGACUUCAGACGGCGUAUGGACAUGGAGGACAGUGCUGUGGGUUGCCAUAGGUUGGACUGUGGGAAUUAGUCUUGGCAUGCUGUCCUGCAUCUAUGUGGCUACGCUCCAUGAAAAUGACCUCUGGUUUUCCAACAUUAAGGAAGUUGAGCGUGAAAUCUCCUUUCGGACAGAAUGUGGCCUGUACUACUCGUACUAUAAACAGAUGUUGAGAGCUCCCUCCAUACAGCAAGGUCUUUCAGAGCUCAUCAAUGAUAACGCCACUGAAUCCAAGAGAACCAUCAACCUUCUGCGACGCAUGAACAUCUAUCAGGAGGUGUUUCUAGGUGUUCUCUAUAGGAUUCUACCCAUACAGGCCUACCUGGAGCCAGUGUAUUUCUAUAUCUACACAGUGUUUUCCCUCCAAGCGGUGUAUGUCAUAGCCCUGUUCAUCACCAGCUGGCUGCUCAGUGGUUCCUGGCUAGCAGGGGCUCUCACUGGAGUCUGGUACAUCCUCAACAGAGUGGACACAACGCGGGUGGAGUUCACCAUCUCGCUCAGGGAGAACUGGUCCCUGCCCUUCUUCGCCCUCCAGAUAGCUGCCAUCACUUGCUACCUGAGGCCUCACCUCAAACCCAUCCAGCAGAAGGUGGUGUUGUGGCUGAUGUUCCUGGCCACGUUGUGUUUCUGCCUCACCUGGCAGUUUAAUCAGUUCAUCCUGCUGGUUCAGGCUCUCAUCAUCUUCACCCUGGACUGUCUGGACCUCAUCUCCACAGAACAGGUGACCUGCCUGUACCUAGUCCAGGUAAGCAGCCUGCUGUCCGUGUGGUUGCUGCAGUUCUGUAACUCCAUGAUCCUGGGCUCUCUGGCUCUCAGCUUCAUUGUGUCCGCUCUCUUUGUCAAGCAUUUCCAGAGAGGGCUGAAGACAGGUGGUCUCACAGUGCGGCUGGGAAAGCUGCUCCUUCACACCGUCCUCGUCCUUGCACUAACAUUCACUAUUAAUUAUUUAGCCAAGCAAGCGUUGCAGCUCCGAUCCGACGAACACAUCUUUAAAUUCAUCAAGUCCAAAUUUGGCUUGGGGCCUACCAGAGAUUUCGAUGCCAGUCUUUACCUGUGUGAGGAAGCCUUUGGGCUGCUUCCCUUGGACACGUUUGACCGCUUGGCUGGCACUCUGCUGGCAUACCCUUACCUCGUCACCCUGAUUGUGCUCCUGGUGAUGCUGGCGCUGUUAACACUGGCCAACCUCUGUGAUUCUUCAGCGGUCGGGCGGCCGCUGAAAGGCCGGUUCGAGGAGCGGCCGAUCUGUAUGCGGGCAGAUGUCGCCUACAAUCUGUUACACACCGUCUUCUUUGGCCUCCUGGCGCUCAGCACCAUGAGAAUGAAAUAUCUGUGGACUGGCCAUAUGUGUGCUUUUGCUGCCUAUGGCGUGUGUGGCAAGGAGCUGUGGUCCCUCUGCCUAAACACAAUCCACUGUAACACUAAAACAAAGCUGAGGCUGAUCAGGUACACGGUUCCACUUGCCAUUCUGGGAUUUCUAUGUUACAAGUUUUGGCCCAAACUGAUGACGGAAGUAUCAGAACUGAGAGAAUUCUAUGACCCUGACACCGUUGAGCUGAUGACCUGGAUUAGCUCAAAGACCCCCAAGAAGGCAGUGUUUGCUGGGAGCAUGCAGCUGCUGGCUGGGAUCAAACUGUGCACAGGGAGAGUCCUGACUAACCACCCACACUAUGAAGACCGAGCCCUGAGAGAGAGGACCAGACAGGUGUAUCAGAUCUACGCCCGGCAAUCCCCGGAGGAGGUCCACAGGAUCCUGCGUGCGGCGGGGGCUGAUUUCGUGGUGAUGGAGGACAGCAUCUGCUACGAGAGGAGGCAUGGCCGGGGCUGCAGGCUCCGAGACCUGCUGGACCUGGCCAACGGACACAUAAUGGAUGGCCCCGGGGACAACGACCCAGACUUGGUCCACGCCUCCCAUCCUCGCUUCUGUGAGUCCGUCAAGACAGGUGGCCCUGCCUACACAGCCCUCUUCUCCCGCGUGUUCCAAAACAAGACCUUCCACGUCUACAAGCUGAAGAAGGGCAAGAAGAGAGCCAAGGCAGACAGAGAGCCGGUGGCCAUGGAGGAUAAAACCCAGUAAUAAGACCCUGGGUUACCCCAUAAACAACGCCCCACCCACCCAUAUCCAGCCCGCCGCCCAGUCUCCGACUCAGCCUCCUGCUCCCUGCCAAGUCGAUAACCUGAUGACUGCUCUCCGCUCCCUGCUCUCUGGUCUACCCGACUUCAUCUGGAACCACGGCUGCACUCUCCCACCCGCCGCCCUCCCUCCUUCCAUCCCUCCGUGCGCCACGCCAGCCCGAGGCAGGUAAUCACGUCCGGCUGACACGGCGCUGAUUUGAGCAGCGUCUGAUUGCGGCGGGCGUAGCAGAUGAGCACAUGCAUAUCAAACCAGGGCUUUGUGUCAGGAAGCUCAUGUUCAAACAGGAGAGGAGGGAUGACGGCGCAUCACAACAACAUUCACGGCUCCCUCUCGCUUUCACCCAGACUAAAGGCGGAGCAGGGGGGAAAGAGGAGAGGGACCUUUGAGAGGGGGCUGAUUGAAAGCUAGAGCAGCGUGGGUAAUUAUUGCGAAGGCCAGUCUGGUCUCUUUGGUGGCCGGGUCUGCAGCCUGACUGCACAGCUGCACCCUGUGCCAUUUUCCUUCAUUUUUAUUUUGAAAAACCGUGCCAUGUCUCGUCUCCACUUGUUAAUGAGGACUCCUCUUUCGAUACUCUCUCACUCAAACACAAGGUUCUGCAUACGUUGUCAGUUGCGGUGCAUCAAGGGGAAGUGCCAUUCUCAUUGUAAUGCAUAACAGUCAUACCACUGUGAAGAGGAUUUGCUUUUUCAUUCCGUUGCAUUGAAAUUGGAUGUUUAAUUUAGUCGGCUGACAAUUUUUGUACGAGGGAGAAGUCAUUCCAUUAUGUUUUCCUAAUAUGUGCAUACUAAUGUAAUGUUGAGCAUUGACAUAGUUCAUUUUCAUAUUUAUUAAUAAUUCAGUUUCGAUGCAUUGGUCAUUUGAAGCAACAGUAUUUUAAUGGAAAUUAAAUGAGAAAAUGUUUAUUAACUGUGUGUAUUCCCUCAACUCAACAGCCCAGAAUCAUACAGUAUUCUGUAGAAGGACUGCAUUGUGGGUAAACCAUGACCACUGGUCAAUGUUGAAUUAGGUGAAUGGUUAACAUAUUCAUGGUCACUGGUCUAUGGCGAACAUACAAAUCCAAGUAUUUAGAUUUCUCUUCACAUGUUGGUGCAUUACAACAUGUUGGUGCAUUACAACAUGUUGGUGCAUUACAACAUGUUGGUGCAUUACAACAUGGGAUUGAAAUAGAUUUGUCAUUUUCUGACAUUGAUUUACUACUUUUUUUAUACCGAUUUUAAUACAAAUUAAAUAACUAAAAUAUAGUUGUUGCAUAAGUAUUCACCCCCUUUGUUUAGGCAAACCUAAAUUAGUUCAAGAGUAACAUUUGGCUUAACAAAUCAUUUAAGUUACAUGGACUCACUCUGUAUGAAAUAAUAGUAGUUGACAUGAUUUUUAAUGACUACCCCUUCCUUUGUCCCCCCCUAUGUACAACAUCUGUAAGGUCCCUCAGUCAAGUAUUGAAUUUCAAGCACGGAUUCAACUACAAAGACCAGAGGGGUGUACUACAAAGCGAGCUACAGUAGAUCUACUUCGGGUUUUCUAAAGCUAGCCAGCUUCAGUUGCUUUCCCAUUCCAGCUCAGGCUUCCAUCCGACCUACGAUGGGGGAUAUUGCUCGUCCGUCUGCCGCUAACUCGAGCAGGCUUGUAACUGCGUUUGUAUGUCGCACGUGGCUAGUCAAACAUCAGACUUUUCAUUGGGACAAUUCUGAAAUAUCAAUCCAUGGGAAAGUCAGUGCCAAAUUUUCAUUUGUCCCGAAAUCAAAUUGAAAGAAAAGUUAUCCAGCAAAUUCAGCAGGCUUUCGUGUGAAAUGGGACUUUUAGAAGUGCUGUCUGUAUUUUAUUACUUGGGUGUGGUUAUUAACACGCAAAUACCUUUUCCCCCACUCCUAUUGAUACAAUAAUUGUAUUAAGUCAUAAAUGUUUUACUGUGCGUGAAGUUUCAAAUGCAUUUGUCAUUACUACAUUUGUAAUGUAAUAGGUAUUUUAAUAUGGUCACACUUUAUUUGGAUAGUCCAGACUGUCCCAUCUGCAUACUGUCAAUAUGCUAUCAAGGUCAUACUAUCUGUUGUUAAGCAACUGUGGUUACGGCUUGGUUUAUGCUAUGGUUAGGGUUAUGUUACGGUUAGGGUUAUAUUUAGGGUAAGGGAUAGGGCUAGGGUUAGUAGAUAGUUUAAAUGUUACAGCUGCUCUACAGACACCCCCCCCCCCCCCCCAAUUGUUUUUAUUUUUUAUUCCAAAACUAUUGUAAUACUGCAACAACAACAAAAAAACAUGUCAAAGGAAUACACUUUUUGGCCUAAAUGCAAAACCUUAUGUUUGAGGCAAAUCCAACACAACGCAUCACUGAGUAACUGUACAGUUUCCUUAUUUGCAUCAUGUUAUGGGUAUGCUUGACAUCAGCAGAGACUGGGGAGUUUUUCAGGAUAAAAAUAAAUGGGAUGGAGCUAAGCACAUGCAAAAUCCUAGAGGACAACCUGCUUCAGUCUGCUUUACACCAGAUGCUGGGGGAGGAAUUCACUUUUCAGCAGGACAAUAACCUAAAGUUGUGGACAAAAGUUUUGAGAAUGACAAAUAUAAAUUUUCAAAAAUUCUGCUGUCUCAGUGUCUUUAGAUAUUUUUGUGAUAUUUUUUGUGAUAUUUUUUUAUUAUGGAAUGCUGAAGUAUAAUUCCAAGCAUUUCAUAAGUCUCAAAGGCUUUUAUUGACAAUUCCAUGAAGUUGAUGCAAAGAGUCAGUGUUGACCCUUCUUUUUCAAGACCUCUGCAAUCCGCCCUGGCAUGCUGUCAAUUAACUUCUGGGCCACAUCCUGACUGAUGGCAGCCCAUUCUUGCAUAAUCAAUGCUUGGAGUUUGUCAGAAUUUGAGGGGUUUUGUUUGUCCACCCGCCUCUUGAGGAUUGACCACAAGUUCUCAAUGGAAUUAAGGUCUGGGGAGUUUCCUGCCCAUGGACCCAAAAUAUCAAUGUUUUGUUCCCCGAGCCACUUAGUUAUCACUUUUGCCUUAUGGCAAGGGGCUCCAUCAUGCUGGAAAAGGCAUUGUUUGUCACCAAACUGUUCCUGGAUGGUUGGGAGAAGUUGCUCUCGAAGGAUGUGUUGGUACCAUUCUUUAUUCAUGGCUGUGUUCUGAGGCAAAAUUGUGAGUGAACCCACAACCUUGGCUGAGAAGCAACCCCACACAUGAAUGGUCUCAGGAUGCUUUACUGUUGGCAUGACACAGGACUGAUGGUAGCGCUCACCUUGUCUUCUCCGGAUAAGCUUUUUUCCAGAUGCCCCAAACAAUCAGAAAGGGGAUUCAUCAGAGAAAAUGACUUUACCCCAGUCCUCAGCAGUCCAAUCCCUGUACCUUUUGCAGAAUAUCAGUCUGUCCUUGAUGUUGUUCCUGGAGAGAAGUUGCUUCUUCGCUGCCCUUCUUGACACCAGGCCAUCUUCCAAAAGUCUUUGCCUCACUGUGCAUGCAGAUGCACUCACACCUGCCUGCUGCCAUUCCUGAGCAAGCUCUGUACUGGUGGUGCCCUUAUCCAGCAGCUGAAUCAACUUUAGGAGACGGUCCUGGCGCUUGCUGGACUUUCUUGGGCACCCUGAAGCCUUCUUCACAACUAUUGAACCGCUCUCCUUGAAGUUCUUGAUGAUCCGAUAAAUGGUUGAUUUAGGUGCAAUCUUACUGGCAGCAAUAUCCUUGCCUGUGAAGCCCUUUUUGUGCAAGGCAAUGAUGACGGCACGUGUUUCCUUGCAGGUGACCACAGUUGACAGAGGAAGAGCAAUGAUUCCAAGCAUCCUCCUUUUGAAGCUUCCAGUAUGUUAUCCGAACUCAAUCAGCAUGGCAGAGUAAUCUCCAACCUUGUCUUCAUCAACACUCACACCUAUGUUAACAAGAGAAUCACUGACAUGAUGUCAGCUGGUCCUCUUGUGGCAGGGCUGAAAUGCAGUGGAAAUGUUUUUGGGGGAUUCAGUUCAUUUGCAUGGCAAAGAGGGACUUUGCAAUUAAUUGCAAUUCAUCUGAUCACUCUUCAUAACAUUCUGGAGUAUAUGCAAAUUGCCAUCAUACAAACUAAGGCAGCAGACUUUGUGAACAUGAAUGUCUUAUUCUCAUAAAAUCUACACUGGAGUUGUUUACCAAGAAGAUAGUAAAUGUUCUUGAGUGGCCAAGUUAGUUUUGGCUUAAAUCUGCUUGAAAAUCUAUGGCAAGACUUGAAAAUUGCUGUCUAGCCAUGAUCCCCAACACCUUGACAGAGCUUAAAGAAUAGAGGACAAAAAUUGAGGUGUGCUCAAUCCUGGUGUGCAAAGCUCUUAGAGACUUACCCCAAGAAGACUAAUCGCUGCCAAAGGUGUUUCAAACAUGUAUUGACCCAGGGGGUUGAAUACUUAUCUAAUCAAGAUCAAUUCAUGUUUUAUUUUCCAUUCAUCUAAAAAAAAUAUAUAUAUAUAUUAUUACAAUUUGACAUUACAGUAUUUUGUGUAGACAAAAUUAAAUCCAUUUGAAUCCCGCUUUGUAACACAAUAACAUUUGAAGAUAUCCAGGGGGGGGUGAAUACUUAUGAUAGGCACUGUAGUCUAAAUCCUGAUGUAAACCAAUUCAGACUUAACAGGGUAAUGUCAAAUGAUUUAAUACUGUAAAUGGUUAAUGUGUGUUAUUUUAUUGCAUAUUGGCAAUAUAGACUGCAUCAUGUUGUUGUUUAAAGAUUUAACAACUCGAGGAUGAAAGUGCCUUCAACAUUGUCUAUUUAAUCUCUGUGUUGAUGUAAAAUGUGUCUAGUGUUAUUGAACCUAACAGUUGCUUGCAGUGCUGAGAAAUGAAAUUCUAAAUUGUACAUGUCAUUUUCAUAGUUGUAUUUUGCAUGAUUUAAGCUUUGUCAAAACUUGAAACUUUACAGAGGAAAAUCUUACAGGAGGGGGGGGGUGUACAUAUCAAAUAGGCAUCAUUUUGGGGAUCGAAUGCAGAUUGUUUACAUGAAUGUUUCCAAUAUUCUGUCGACCGCAUCUGAUUUUGUACCAUCUGAAAAGCAUUCCAAGUCACGACGACAAUGUUCUGUGGGCCAGUGUUCUUCAUUACUUAACACUGUGUUUAAUCUAGAAGACGCCCCUCUGCUAUUCUGGUGCUUGUGGUAUUUCCUCUCCUAUUGUUCUGUGUCUGUCUGUUCACCCAGUAAAUGGGUCGGUCCUGUUUGACGUGCCUGUGGAGAAAUUGCACUAGUUGGUGUGGCAUAUCAUGUUUUAUGUUGUUUCAUCUUCCUUGUGAAUGCAGUUUACCAUUGAUCAGUGUUCCAUGUUCUUAUCGAAAGGGACUUUGUUUCCUCUGUUGCUUUGUAUAAAACAUUUUUUUUUCUCUUCA